CUUCUUAGCCCAUAGAAGAGCGCAUCGCCCCUAUCACCUCGGUCCGAUCGCAAAACCCCGUCCUUCGACCUUCCCUUCAACGCCUCCUGUCUUCCUUGCUUCCUCUCCCUCCCGCAGAAGGCGCCUCGGUAUCAGCGAUCUACCGUGUUCCCGAGUUCCGACCGCCUUCAUCUGGCCUGACCGUGAACUGUCACAUCGUAUCCAUCAUGCGCUACUUCCUCUCUUCAGCCCUGCUCCUGGCAGCAACUGCCGCCCAUGCAACUCCCCUUGACACCAGCGCACCCUACUUGCUCAGCCUGCGCCAGGCUGCUGGCAAUGCCACUGGUUCCGUCGCGCUCAAUGCUACGACUCCCGCCUCUGCCUCGGCUGCAGUGUCAACGUCCACAUUCGACCCUCUUGCAUCGCUCCCCCAUGUCGUCUCCACAUUCGACGCCAACAGCUCGACGACGGGUACGUACUCCAGUUUGAACAACACCUUCCUGCCCGCCAUCAAGGCACCAUCACAAGGCUUCGACAAUGAGCACGGCCCGAGUGGGACCAAGGGCGUCGUCGCAACUGAAGUCGACCUCUGCUCCAACGUAGGCGCCGAUCUGCUUGCUGCAGGCGGCUCCGCUGCCGAUGCUAUCAUCGGAGCAGCGCUUUGUGUCGGAACAACUUCCACUUUUCACAGCAACAUUGGCGGCGGCGGGUUUGCGCUUGUCCGUUCCGUCUCUAACUCGACUUCUUCCUCUAAAAGAAAGAACGCAAAGUAUGAGAUGAUCGAUUUCCGUGAGACGAUGCCGGCGUUGGGCAACGAGACGAUGUUCUCGAACAACUCGAAUCGCAUGGCAUCACAGAUCGGUGGUCUGGCCGUCGGCAUCCCCGGAGAGCUGCGCGGCUGGGAGAUGCUCCAUGCACGCCAUGGCAAGCUCCCCUGGGCCGACUUGUUUGCGCCUGCGAUCGCCAUUGCCGAGGGCGGCUUCCGCGUAUCCAGCCAAAUGGCCGUAGCGAUUGCCGCGUACAAGACGAACUUCGCCUGCAAGGACCUGUACGCUCGCGAAGUGUACUGCCCCAACGGCACCGCUGUCGGAUUCAACGAAAUUAUCCGCAAGCCUAGGUACGCGCGGACACUCAAGAAGAUUGCGCGGGAAGGUCCAGAUGCGUUCUACAAGGGUGCCAUUGCUACGAACACGAUUGCGACCAUUCAAGCCUCCGGCGGCAUCAUGACGCUUGGUGACCUUGCCAACUACACCGCCCUGCUGCGCACCCCAAACAACAUCACCUACACCUCCCGAGCCACGCCCGAAGGUAAAAAGUACAACGUGUUCAGCACCGUCGCGCCGAGCUGCGGCAAUGUCGUCCUCAGCGCACUCAAGACAAUCGACCAGUACAACGACACAUCCAACGCAAACCUGACACUGCACCGCUUGAUCGAGGCAACCAAGUUUGCAUACGGCGAACGCGCUAACCUCGGCGACCCGGAGUUCGUUUCAAAUGUGAAUGCGCUCCAGCAUCGGUACAUUAGCGAUGCAGAAGCGGCCAAAAAGCGCACGCUGAUCAACGACACGGGGGUCUUGCCGCUGAGUGCAUACAAUCCAGCCAACCACGAAAUCCUCACCGAUUCGGGGACAUCGCAGCUUUCUGUCAUCGAUGCCGAGGGCAACUCAGUCACCCUGACCACGACGAUUAACACGGUCUUCGGCGCGCUGCUCGUCACUCCGGACGGCAUCAUCCUCAAUAACGAGAUGGACGACUUUAGCUCGCCCGGCUCGGUCAAUUCGUUCGGCUACGUCGCGACGGAAGCCAACUUUAUCCGGCCAGGCAAGCGGCCCCUCUCGUCCAUCUCGCCCGUGAUUGCAGAGGACGCAGAGACAGGCGAGAUCGUCUUCUCCAUCGGCUCCGCUGGCGGCUCGCGCAUCGUCACGGCGAACAUCAUCAACGCUUUCAACCUGCUUUCGACCGAUGGGCAGAUCGACAUCCAGCAGAGUCUCGCCAUGCCGCGCUGGCACGAUCAGCUCCAGCCACAGACCACCGUGCUCGAAUGGGCCGCCAGCAAUCCGGAGAUUCCCGGCUGGACGGGCUUCAGCAACGCGACUGCCGCGUAUCUCACCAGCGUUGGACAUAAUAUCACCUACGCGGCACCCGCCGGCUCAACCGCGCAAGGCGCGCAGCGCUUCGCAAACGGCACCUUCCUCGGCGGUGCAGAGGUGAGGCAGCUCUCCGCCCGGGCUGCUGCAUUGUCAUAAAAUCUCCUAAGAGAAUUGGUACGCGCGACGUCGUACCGCUCCUCUCGUAUCCAUCGGCGACGUGCACACCCAGAUACAUAGAAAUUGAUUCAUCCUUUGCAACCUGUAAUGCACUGCUUUAAUCGGAAACGAAAC